AUGGCUUAUGCUGCAUUAGCAAACGUGAAUGCUGUAGUUGGAUUGUAUACAUCAUUGUUUCCGACAUUAAUUUAUGUUGUAUUCGGUACAUCGAAGCAUAUCAAUCUUGGUAUGUUUGCAGUCGCAGCAUUGAUGACAGGAAAUGCAUUGGAACGGAGAUUAGAGGAUAUAAUUGGUAAAAAUACCACUGAAAUGUACAAUUCACAAAUGAAUGUUAAUGCUGAUUUAGCUAUUCAAUUAAUGGCUACUUUAACGUUUACUGUUGGUUUCGUUAUGGUAAUUGAUCAUCAUCUCAUCUUUACAAUAAUUUAA